AGGAGUUCUCCGACGAGCUCCUCAGAGGGGAGUCCAUGCUGGUUCGCGAACGCGUGAUGAACCACGACGUGGUGACCCGCGUUGUGAACCUCGCCGUCGUCGUGCUCGAAAGGCCCGCCGCCGGCGCCACGCUGGUGCAGGCGCGCAGGCUCCGGCCCGGCGGCCGCGAGGCCGACGCGGGCGCGCGGCUCCCAGGCAUAGCUGGUCGGCCUGAUGAGAGCCACUUCCACUCCGCGCGGCGGCUGUUGUGCGAGCAGUUGCGUUUCGACGAGAACGAGGUGCAUUUCGAGAGGGACGUCUGGGACGUUGAGGAGACCCAGAUUCUGCUUGAGUACCCUGGGCUCAGGACCCUCUGCCGCAGGCGCCUGGUCCGGGCCGCCCUGCGCGAGGGGGGUGGCCCGCGGGUGCGGCCCGCGCUCGGGCUGCCGUGCAUCGCCCGGGCAGCCAAAGCCACGAGCGGCCGCGAGGUUCGCC